ACGACAAUUGUGGAACAUUCGAUCCGCUGAUCCCCAUGCUGCCUUAAGAAUAUUUUUAUAUCUGUUUUGACCUCCCUGGUCAUGGAAAAUCGUCCCCAUUUCCGGCAGGGACACCUCUGAAGUUUUUUGACUACGUUUUAACCAUGAAAAGAGUAGUGGACUAUUUUAGUUUGAAAGAAGUUACAUGUCUGGGUCAUAGUUUAGGGGCCUACGCCAGCUUUUACCUUGCAGCAAUCUACCCAGAACUGGUGAAAAAGUUAAUAGGUCUAGAAAUUGUUACAUUAGGUAGUGUAGAAACCCAUCAAAUUGCUUCUUGGUAUCGAGAGAAGUUUGAUCAGUUAUUGAACAUUGAAAAGAAACUAGAGAACCAAAGUCCUCCAUCUUACUCUUACACUGAGGCAGCUUGUCGGAUGAAGUACAAUCGAUGGAACUCUGAGUUAACAGAUGAAGCUUGCAGUAUUUUACUUAAGAGGUCUCUCAUUUCCAAAGAUAGCGGCUUUUAUUUUAGUACCGAUCAACGGUGCAAAAUGAAUGACUGGCCAGUAUUGAACUGUGAUCAGCAAAUUUCAGUAUUCAAACAGAUUAAGUGUCCGAUUUUACUCGUACUGGCUGAUAAUACUGAGAGAAAUUCUUGGGCGAAAAACCCUAUUUUCCAACCUGUUUACAAUUAUUUUAAAACUGAAGCGCUGAAUACAUCUGUGAUAGUAGUAAGCGGUAACCAUGAUGUUCAUUUGAAUCACCCUGAAAGAGUAUCACCAUAUGUUAGGUCAUUCUUGUCAAAUACCUGAA